UACAAGCGUCCAAUUCUUAGACCCUUUUACUAACGAAGACUUUCCGAUCGUCUUCUUCUGUUCUCCGGAAAUCCUCAUCCAUCAACCCACCCAUCGCUGAUUCUUCUCCAAAAAUAUCACAGAUUUUAUGUGUGAUCUUUUCGCCGAAGGAAAGGAAUUUUAUAGCUCUAUCAAUGAAGGAAAGUCUCCAAAAAAAUUACUGUGUGAGCUCUUCGCCCAAGGAAAGAAAUUGAUCUCUUCCAGAUCCAAAAUUUUCGAAGGAAAGUUUGGAGACUUUCCUCACUUCCCUAAACCAGGGUUAAUGUUCCAAGACAUCACAACUUUGUUGCUGAAUCAUAAGGCCUUCAAAGACAUUGUUGCCUUUCCUUAGGAGUCGUAGUCAUCAUUGCUAAAAGAUGGUGAGGAUUAGCGUGAUGAAUGAUGCCCUGAAGAGUAUUCGCAAAGGAAAGUCUCCAUUGAUCAGAAUCUCAUAUCGCGAUAGCUCAGAAGAUAUUACCGGCUUCAAAAUUAGAUCAAUCUUUGUCACAUGACUUCUUCAUUGACUCAAUCACCGAAGGAAACUCUCCAAAAUUAGAAAUUCAUUAUUCCGAUUGGAAUUAUUCUUCGGUGGAAGAAUCCUAGUAAAUUUGAUAUCUAAUCAAAAUCUCUGUUAAGGAUGAUCCCAAUACAACGACAUUCGUGUUAUUUGACGAGGAGGCCUCCUCCAUUUUAAAUACGUCAUGUUCGCUGUUGUUGGAUAAAAGUGAUGUGGUAUAUACUCUUCUUCCACCUUUGAAAGACCUUUUGCAAUGUGAAAUAUUGUAUCCUGGAUGUUGAUUCGUUUGCCCUCUUAGGAGGACAAACAAGUCCUGUCUUUAGUUUUAGUGGGUGGAGAUCUUGGUGUUGGCAAGAGCACAUCAUUGUUAUAUGUAUGGCACUUUGAGAAGCAUGACUCGCAAAUUUCAUAGAUAGAAAGCUUGACAGUGAGAACUUGAAGCACUUAAUUGAAGCUAAGGCGAAUAUGGCUCUGACUUAGAAAAGAAUGCUUAAAUAGAGAAAGCGCCAACUUUCCGAAUUUAAGCUUAGGUUUGGCUAAAUUCUGGCAAAUCAUGAUGGUGAAGAUCAAAUUCCAUUGGUAGAUGAAAGAACUAUUGUGGUUUGUGAGUUCAUUGCUGCUCAUUGAUAAUUAAAAAAAGAAUUGAUGUGCACUAAAUUAACUAAAGUUAUUACCUUUUAUAUUGCUCUUUUUUUGUCAAGAUUAGCAGCAAUUAGGAAUUACAUCAAUUCUUCUUAAAAGUUGUAUUUUUGUUGUUGGAUUGCUGAAUUUAGAUGCAACAAUCUGUCCACAAAUCUUGAUCUAUAUUUUUUUUGUUGGUGAUGAACUUCGAAGAUGUACAUGGAGCUACUUUUUCCUGCAUCUUCAAUCUGACCUAUAACACACUUCCCUUCCUCUCCUUUCUUUCGGCCAAAACCACCACUCCUCCUACCCUCAUCUAUCAUCACCAUGUCAAACCAAUCCCAAACCCUCACCGAUGAAGAACCUCAAGCUUCCAAUGCUGCCCUAAAGGCUCAAGUUGAGUACUUAGCCAAACAAGUGGCUCAACUUACCAAGAUGAAGUUGAAGAUGAUGGACACCCCCGAGGAAAGUGAUGAAGAACAAGAGGUCGAUGCACAUCCCAUGGGCGAUUCAAACAACACCGGAGGCAGUUCCAAUGAGAAAGGAGCCUCAGGCUUCAUGUUAGAAUACGUGCCCUUCACUAGAGGGGGGGUGAAUAAUCAAGAACACACUCAAUUCCUCAAGAAAUGGCUCUAAAAAGCUAUGUAAAAAGUUUAUGGAAUGAUGCAAUGUAAAGCUAUGAAAUGUGUGAGGAAUGGUUGUGAAAAGUAGACCCAAAAGACCCCUAUUUAUACCCAAAAAUGAUGUGUAACGGAUGAGAGUUGAUUGGGGUUUAAUGGCAUGAUUUGUGGAAAUCAAAUCAAAGUUGGUCUACAGA